CGCUUGUCUCUUGCCCUUUCUGAGCGAUGAUAUAUUAAGCACUUUACCCUAUACCAUGAUCUCUACCUUGGCCACAUUCCCUCCUUUCCUCCACAAGGACAUCACCGAGUAUCUCAGUACAUCCUUCUUACCCAUGGCGAUAUUGGGAUCUAGCAGGCGAGAGGGCGGCGUUCCUGCGCAUGUCAACCUGUCCGCGUCUUCAAUGCUUAUGAUCGCAAUGCAGUACACAUCAAACCCAGUGUACCACUGCCAGCUGCUGGAGUGUCUCAUGAAGUAUAAGCAGGAGGUGUGGAAAGAUUUGCUCUAUGUAAUCGCCUACGGACCCUCCCAAGUGAAACCCCCAGCAGUGCAAAUGCUUUUUCAUUACUGGCCUAAUUUGAAACCUCCGGGGGCCAUAAGCGAAUACCGGGGGCUGCAGUAUACAGCCUGGAAUCCUAUUCAUUGCCAGCACAUAGAAUGCCACAACGCCAUCAACAAGCCGGCAGUGAAGAUGUGUAUUGAUGCGGCACUCUCAGUGGCCCUCGGGGACAAGCCGCCCCCACUGUACCUGUGUGAGGAAUGCAGCCAGAGAAUCACAGGGGAUCACAGUGCGUGGCUGAUAGAUGUUCUCCUCCCGCAAGCUGAGAUUUCAGCCAUUUGUCAGAAGAAGAACUGCAGCUCACACGUACGGAGGGCGGUGGUGACCUGCUUCUCUGCGGGAUGCUGCGACCGCCACGGUAACCGGCCGGUGCGCUACUGCAAACGCUGCCACUCCUACCACCACAGCAGCGAGGCCGGGGGAGCGUCCUCAUCGGAGACCCACCUGUUUCAGACCUCACCACCUCCCAUCAACACCCGGGAGUGCGGGGCGGAGGAGCUGGUGUGCGCGGUGGAGGCCGUCAUCAGUUUGCUGAAGGAAGCUGAAUAUCACGCAGAGCAGCGGGAGUACGAGAUGAACCGCCGGAGACAGAUGGGCUUGGCCUCCUCGCAUCAUUCGCUAGACAACACCGACUUUGAUAACAAAGACGACGACAAGCACGACCAGCGCCUCUUGAGUCAGUUCGGCAUCUGGUUCUUGGUCAGCCUCUGCACCCCCAGUGAAAACACGCCCACCGAGAGCCUGGCGCGCCUGGUCAGCAUGGUCUUUCAAUGGUUCCACUCCACGGCGUACAUGAUGGAUGAUGAGGUCGGCAGUCUGGUGGAGAAACUCAAACCCCAGUUCGUCACCAAGUGGCUGAAAACGGUUUGCGAAAUCCGUUUUGACGUGAUGGUCAUGUGCCUGCUGCCCAAGCCGAUGGAAUUCGCUCGGGUCGGUGGAUACUGGGACAAGUCCUGCAGUACGGUCACGCAGCUGAAGGAAGGUCUCAAUAGAAUUCUGUGCCUUAUUCCAUAUAAUGUGAUAAACCAGCCAAUCUGGGAGUGUAUCAUGCCGGAGUGGUUGGAGGCGAUCAGGACAGAAGUGCCCGACAAUCAGCUCAAGGAAUUUCGGGAGGUCCUCAGUAAAAUGUUUGACAUCGAGCUUUGCCCUUUGCCUUUCUCCAUGGAGGAGAUGUUUGGGUUCAUCAGCUGCAGAUUCACCGGUUAUCCUUCUUCUGUCCAGGAGCAAGCUUUGCUUUGGCUUCAUGUGCUGUCAGAGCUGGAUAUAGUGGUUCCUCUACAGCUGUUGAUCAGCAUGUUUUCUGACGGAGUAAACUCGGUAAAGGAGCUGGCCAAUCAAAGGAAAGUCCGGAUCACAGAACUUUCAGGAAACGUUCCAGGUCACAGGGGCAGCAUCGCCUCGGAUCCAGGGCGCCGGGUGUUACACAGUAUGCUGAGCCCUUUCCCCAGCCCGUUUCACAGUCCCUUCCGAAGCCCCAUGCGUAGUCCUUUCCGCAGCCCCUUUAAGAACUAUGGACAUCCCACUGGAAGAACCAUUGACUUUGACUGCGAUGACGAAGAGAUGAAUCUCAAUUGUUUCAUCCUUAUGUUCGACCUCAUACUGAAACAGAUGGAGCUACAAGAUGAUGGCAUCACUCUGGGCCUGGAGAACAGUCUGUCUAAGGACAUCAUUUCCAUCAUAAAUAACGUUUUCCAGGCCCCCUGGGGAGGAUCUCACACGUGCCAGAAGGAUGAGAAGGCAGUGGAGUGCAGCCUGUGCCAGUCCAGUAUCCUCUGCUACCAGAUGGCCUGUGAGCUGCUCGAGCGAUUGGCUCCUAAGGUGGAGAUCCGACUGGUGGAGCCAACAGACAGUCUAGAAGAGAGUCUGCUGUUCUCAAGAGCUCAAUUUAUCAUCGGGAAUGGAGGAGAAGAGGAAGAGAAUCCAUCAAAAAAACAAGGAAAUAAUCCGGGGACACACGGCAAGACGGCCGAAGCGUCCAACACAGCCAUCAAAAAUGACACCGAGCCAAAAUUCUGUUACCAGCAACUUCCUGUCACCCUGAAAUUAAUCUACACCAUCCUGCAGGAAAUGGCAAAGUUUGACGAGCCAGACAUUCUGUUUAACAUGCUGAACUGCCUGAAGAUUCUGUGUCUCCACGGCGAGUGCCUAUAUAUCGCCAAGAAGGAUCACCUGCCGUUCUUGGCAUACAUUCAGGAACACAUGCUGAUCUCCAGCUUGUGGCGAGUUCUAAAGUCGGAGUUCUCGCAGUUGUCGUCUUUGGGGGUCCCCCUGCUUCUUCAUUCCCUGUCCCUUCCCUACGGUGCCGAUAUUUUCUGGACAAUCAUAAACUCCAACUUUAACAGCAAAGACUGGAAAAUGAGGUUUGAAGCAGUGGAGAAGGUCGCCGUCCUGUGCCGAUUUCUGGACAUUCACUCAGUCACCAAAAACCAUCUGUUAAAGUAUUCCCUGGCCCAUGCUUUCUGCUGUUUCCUAACUGCGGUGGAAGACGUGAACCCGGCCGUGGCUACAAGAGCUGGACUUUUACUGGACACCAUUAAGAGACCCGCUCUACAGGGUCUUUGCCUUUGCCUGGAUUUCCAGUUUGACACUGUGGUGAAGGACCGGCCGACCAUUCUCAGCAAACUGCUUCUUCUUCAUUUCCUGAAGCAAGACAUUCCUGCCCUCAGCUGGGAGUUCUUUGUGAACAGAUUUGACACCUUGUCUCUGGAGGCUCAGCUACACUUAGACUGCAACAAGGAAUUCCCCUUCCCUACAACCAUCACAGCGGUGAGGACAAACGUUGCUAAUUUAAGUGAUGCCGCCUUGUGGAAGAUCAAAAGAGCGAGAUUUGCACGCAACCGACAGAGGAGCGUCCGUUCCCUGAGAGAUAGCGUCAAAGGAGCUGGAGAAUCCAAGAGAGCCCUUUCCCUGCCAGAGACUCUCAGCACCAAAAUCCCUGUCAGGUUGACAAGACACGAACAGUCUGCACCGGUGCUUGGCGGCAUGGCGGAGCAAGCUCAGGGUCAGCAUUCUCCAGAAAAUGACAACAUCAUCAAGGACCCUCUGCCGGAGGACGCGGGAAUCGACCACCAGACCGUGCACCACCUGAUCACCGUCCUCAUGAAGUUCAUGGCCAAAGACAAGAGCAGCGCGGAAGCCGACAUCAGCAGCGCCAAAGCUUUCAACACCGUGAAACGCCAUCUAUACGUGCUGCUCGGCUUUGAUCAGCAGGAGGGGUGUUUCAUGAUCGCCCCUCAGAAAAUGCGCACGUCUACGUGUUUCAAUGCGUUUAUUGCAGGAAUAGCGCAGGUGAUGGAUUAUAACAUCAACCUGGGGAAGCAUCUUCUCCCUCUGGUGGUCCAAGUCCUAAAAUACUGCACCUGCCCCCAGCUCAGGCAUUACUUCCAGCAACCCCCCCGCUGCUCGCUCUGGUCUCUGAGGCCGCACAUCCGGCAGAUGUGGCUGAAAGCUCUGCUCGUCAUCCUCUAUAAGUAUCCUUACCGGGAAGCUGAUCUUGGGAAGAUCGUGUUACAUCUCAUUCACAUCACCGUAAACACGCUGAACGCUCAAUACCACAGCUGCAAACCGCACGCCACGGCCGGGCCCCUGUACAGCGACAACAGCAACAUCAGCCGCUACAGCGAAAAGGAGAAAGAGGAAGACAGCGUCUUCGAUGAGUCCGACAUCCACGAAACGCCCACGGGAGCCUGUAACAAGGAGUCCCAAACUUUCUUUGCACGUCUGAAGAGGAUUGGAGGGAGCAAGAUGGUGAAAUAUCAGCCAGUGGAGAUGAGCGGACAGAGAAGUGAAAUAGAACUGGCUGAGUACCGAGAAUCCGGAGACAGCAUCCUGCGCUGCGUAAGAGAAGAAUCCAUUCAGAAGAAACGGCUGCGUUCCCUUAAGCAGAAGUCCUUAGACAUCGGCAACACAGACUCCUUGCUGUUCACCUUGGACGAGCACCGCCGGAAGUCCUGCAUAGACCGGUGCGACAUCAGCCACAGCCAAAAGAUGAACGACUAUGCGCAGUCACGUCAGAACUCCUCCAACAAGGCCGAUAAUGUGGAUUCCAACGAGAAUCCAUCGGAAAGAGACAGCGGCCAUGAGGUCAGGAAACCUGUUAUACCAGAGGUGAGGUUGAGUUGCAUGGAGACCUUCGAGAUCAAGGUGGACUCUCCAGUGAAACCGUCUUCUCCAAAAGAAGACUUGGAUCUCAUAGAUUUAUCUUCAGACUCCACCUCAGGCCCGGAGAAACAGUCCAUGUUAUCCACCUCUGACAGCGACUCUUUGGUGUUUGAGCCUCUGCCGCCCCUGAGGAUUGUGGAGAGCGAUGAUGAAGAGUUCCAGCUCAUCAACACUAGAAACAUUAUGGUUUCAGCUACUUCAACUCCCAUCAGUGCAUCUGUGCUUAGCCUAAGUAUGACACCGCUGGUACAAGUGAGCAUAGAGGAUUGCUCGAAAGCCUUCACCGCCGAGGAUUUCUGCUACAGUCCAGAUUUGCAAGCAGAAGACAUCUUUUCCCAUGGUGCAGAAGAUCAAAAAGAUUUGGUCAAACGAGAAGGUUUCCUAGAAGUCUCCACCGGGAGCCCACUCACUCUCAAACAGAAGAGGGACCAGCUACGCAAAUCCUGCGCUCUCGCCGACAUGUCUGUGGAUGACAACUUCGAGGAACCCGUGGAAGAAAACAAGUCCCCUGUCAAAAUUGUCCAUCUCAGCGUCCCGGUGGAUGCAGAAAACCAAACAGAUAGUGAGAAGCCUGAUGCCGGCACAGAAUCAGAUCCGGAGCAAAGUGUAGAACCGAAGGAGGAGACGGAAGAGUUUAAGAUACAAAUAGUUCCCAGACAACGGAAGCAAAGAAAGAUAGCGGUCAGUGCAAUCCAGAGGGAAUACCUGGACAUCACCUUUAAUAUCCUGGACAAGCUGGGGGAGCAGAAAGACACAGGGACUGAUACUAAAGAGCUGUCAAUUUUGGAGAUUCCUCAAGAAUCGUCUUCUGCACCCACCCUAGAAGCCGGGGUCCCCGAGCCCUGUAGUCGUUCAUCUCUUGCAACGCAAUAUAGGCAAAUGAAAAGGGGCUCUCUUGGUGCACUUAGUGUGGCACAGCUCAUGAAGAGGCAGCUUGAACACCAAUCCAGUGCACUCCACAGCAUCAGUACCUGGGAUCCGGAUGAUCCCAAAGCAGCACAUGAAGUUUUAGGAAGCAUUUCCGAAGUCUCCAUGGGAAGGACGAGCAUCCCAUAUAUUCAGAUAGGAGCCACCAAAUCCAGCCUUCUCUCCGCUCCCAGCAUUGUCAGCAUGUUUGUCCCGGCUCCUGAAGAUUUUUCGGAUGAGCAGCCCACGGUAAUGUCUGACAAGUGUCAUGACUGUGGGGCCAUUUUGGAGGAGUAUGAUGAAGAGACCUUGGGCCUGGCCAUAGUCGUUCUCCUGACCUUCAUACACUUGAGCCCAGAUUUGGCCGCACCCCUGUUGCUCGAUAUCAUGCAGUCUGUGGGGAGGUUGGCCUGCAGCACGAGUUUCUCCAGCCAGGCAGACAGUAUGAUGAUUCCAGGGAACGUGGCGGGGGUGGCCAAACAGUUCCUGCGCUGUGUUUUCCAUCAGCUGGCUCCCAACGGCAUCUUCUCGCAGUUGUUCCAGAGCAAUAUCAAAGACGGCAGCUUUUUGCGAACCUUAGCGGCAUCUCUGAUGGACUUCAAUGAGCUCAGCUCUUUUGCUGCACUGAGCCAACUGCUGGAGGGGUUGAAUAACAAGAAGAAUUUACCAGCCGGGGGUACGAUGCUGAGAUGCCUGGAAAAUAUUGCCUCAUUCAUGGAAGCCUUACCUAUAGAUUCCCCCAGUAAUCUGUGGACCACCAUCUGUAACCAGUUCCAGACCUUUUUCACAAAAUUGCCUUCUGUCCUUCCACUAAAGUGUUCCUUAGAUUCCAGUCUGCGGAUAAUGAUUUGUCUUCUGAAGAUCUCAACAUCUAACGCCACCAGGAGUCUGCUGGAGCCAUUCUCCAAGCUGCUGAGCUUCGUCAUUCAGAACGGGGUGUUCACCCUAGCGUACCUCGUUGAGCUCUGUGGCCUGUGUUACCGGGCGUUUACCAAGGAACGGGACAAGUACUACCUGACCCGCAGCGUAAUUCUGGACCUGCUGCAAGCCUUGAAAUUAAAGUCUCCCCUGCCAGACACCAACCUCCUGCUGCUGGUUCAGUUCAUUUGUUCAGAUGUUGGAACGAAGUUGUCAGAGUCCACGAUCAUUCACAAGCAGAUGAUUGCGUCGUUACCCUCGUGUGGCACGGCCGCCAUGGAGUGCACCAGACAAUACAUUGGGGAGAUCUUGGAUUUCAUUGCAGAUAUGCACACCCUGACCAAGCUGAAGAGCCACAUGAAGACCUGCUCACAGCCCUUGCACGAGGACACCUUUGGUGGACACCUUAAAGUAGGUCUUGCCCAGAUUGCUGCUAUGGAGAUAACUCGUGGAAACCACCGAGACAAUAAAGCGGUCACGAGAUAUCUGCCCUGGUUAUACCAUCCACCGUCAGCCAUGCAACAAGGUCCCAAAGAGUUCAUCGAAUGUGUCACUCACAUCCGACUCUUGUCAUGGCUUCUCUUGGGGUCUCUCACCCAUGGCGUGGUCUGCAUGAAUUCACCCUCCCCAUGUAUGCCAAUCCCAUUAGAAGCCGGCUCACAUGUUGCUGAUCAUCUGAUCGUCAUUCUCAUUGGAUUUCCUGAGCAAUCAAAGACCUCCGUGCUCCACAUGUGCUCCCUCUUCCACGCCUUCAUCUUCGCCCAGCUGUGGACGGUGUACUGCGAGCAGGCAGCCAUCGCUCCGUCCAUUCAGAACCAGAACGAGUUCACGGCCAUACUGACGGCUCUGGAGUUCUGGAGCAGGGUCACCCCCAGCAUCCUGCAGCUGAUGGCGCACAAUACUGUGAUGGUGGAAAUGGUGUGUCUACAUUUGAUCAGCCUGAUGGAAGCGCUGCAGGAGUGUAACUCCACAGUUUUCGUGAAGUUGAUACCAAUGUGGUUACCGAUGAUCCAUUCUAAUAUAAAGCAUUUAUCAGCCGGGCUGCAGCUGCGCCUCCAGGCAAUACAGAACAGUGCGAACCAGCAGAACCUGCGGAUGUUACAAGGCUCGGUGCAGUUCAGCCACAACUCGGGGGUUCUGAAGAAAUGGCUCCAAUGUACUCAGUUUAAGAUGGCGCAGGUGGAGAUCCAGUCCUCAGAGGCUGCAUCUCAGUUCUAUCCCCUGUAGUGAUCCAGUCCUCAGAGGCUGCAUUGCAGAUCUAUCCCCUUUAGUGAUCCAGAACUCAGAGGCUGCAUCGAAGUUCUACCCCCUGUAGUGUUGUAUAGACCGGGUGGUCUAUUCAGGGGUCACAUGACCAGGAGAUAUUUUUUCCUGUUGCCAUAAAGCAGAAGGGUUGGGGUUAAUAGCUUUUAGGAAAGGUCAGGGGUGAAGUGAGAACUGGGCGAGAUACUGAGCCUGACUAAUUGGGUGGAAGAGGAGGUGUUGGCCUCACAUCUCAGCCUCGGGGUACUUGUCUGAUAGCCCUAACGGCUCAGUCCACCCCUGGACCUUUAUUUUGUAAGCCAUGAAGGGAGGCAUUGCACUGCAGUCUAAGGACACAUACCAAAGACACCGAGUUUAAUAAUAAUAGGAAGGGAUUGUGCCGCGGUCAUGUCUGCCACAUCUUACCCGUUCACCACUGCAGUAAAUAUAUUAUUAUCAUUAGUUUUUUACUGACUGAUUUUAGAAUGAUCAGAAUUAUCAAAUUAAUAGUUACAUUUAUCAGCCUGAGCCAGCGUAAGGGUCUUGUUAAAUGAGAUGGCGUCAUUGUAAUGAAGUUAAGAGGACCCCUUAUUGUUGCACGUCAUCUACAUUAAAAGUGGAGUCAAGAAUCACUGU